AUGAAAGGAGAGAGGGCUAUUGCCAAUCGCCCUUAUAAAUGGUUUAUUAUAAGAGUCCCGGACUAUGAUGCCCUUGAGAAAUAUGCAUGGACCUUGGCCUACAGGAUUUAUUGGGGAUAUGAUCAAAAAUGGAUUUUAGAAGGUUAUGAAAAGAAGUUGAAAUAUUUCGUUUCUAUUGUUGACCCCUGCUCUUUGAAUCCAUGCAAGAAUGGAGGUUUGUGCAAAUCAGAAGCAAAAGGAUUUAUCUGUGAAUGCAAACCUGGUUAUAAAGGAAAGACAUGCUCUGAAGUGAAUCCAUGUGGUCUUAAACCAUGCAAGAAUGGUGGCACCUGUACAAACAGAGGGCAAAGCUUUGUUUGUUCAUGCCCUCCAGGCUUCAAUGGACACACGUGUGAACAUAUAAAUGCCUGUGGUCGGAAACCAUGUAAGAAUGGUGCUGUAUGUAAAGAUAUUGGUGUUACUUUUAAAUGCAUUUGCAAAAUAGGCUUCAAAGGAAAAACUUGCUCUGAAGUUAAUGCUUGUGCAAGAAAACCCUGCCAAAAUGCUGGUACUUGUACCGAUGUUGGGGACAAAUUUAAAUGCACUUGUAAAAUAGGAUUUAGAGGACCAACCUGUGAAAUUGUCGAUCCAUGCAUGUCACACCCGUGUCAGCAUGGUGGGAAAUGCAUUAAUCAUGGCAAGGGAUAUAUUUGCAAAUGUCGACCAGAAGAUGAAGGAAAGAACUGUGCUAUAGUGAAUUUAUGUGAAGAAAAACCAUGUAAACAUGGAGGUAAAUGCAUCCCUGUUGGUUUAUCCUACCGCUGUGAGUGCAUGACAGGAUAUGAAGGUAUUCACUGUCAAAAAUACAACCCUUGUGGCAGGGAACCUUGUAAGAAUGGAGCCACUUGUACCAACAAAGGAGAAGAAUAUAUUUGUACAUGCAAAAAAGGAUUUGAUGGUUUUAAUUGUGAAAAAUUCAAUCCAUGUGGACUAGAACGCUGUAAAAAUGGUGCAAAAUGCCUCAACCAUGGACGUGCUUUCAAAUGUAUUUGUAAACUAGGCUUUAUGGGAAGGACAUGUACUGAACCUAAUCCAUGUGGCCUGUUUCCAUGCCAAAAUAAUGGUAAAUGUUUCAAUGAUGGCAAAACAUACACAUGUGCUUGUCAUGAAGGAUUUGAAGGAAAGAGAUGUGAGAAAAGAAUUAAAGUUCAAAUAGAAGUUUCGAAAAUUAAAGAAAUUGAAGUUCCGAAAUUUAAAGAAAUUGAAGUUCCUGAAAUAAAGGAAAUUGAAGUCCCUGAAAUAAAGGAAAUUGAAGUUCCGGAAGAAAAGAUUAUCAAAGUUCCCAAAGAAGUAGAAAUUAAAAAAGAAAUUGAAGUUCCUGAAAACAUGGAAAUAAAAAAGGAAUUUGAAGUUCCUGAAAAAGUGAAAAUAAUAAAGAAAACUGAAGUUCCUGAGAUGAACGAAUUCAGAGUUGGCCAGAAGUGGGAGAAUGUUCCUGAAAAAGUGAAAAUAAUAAAGAAAACUGAAGUUGGACAAAAGUGGGAGAACUGUAAAUAUCUAUCUCAGACUCUUCAUAUCUAUCUAUCUAUCUAUCUAUCUAUCUAUCUAUCUAUCUCAGUCUUUCCAUUUCUGCCUGUCUGUCUGUCUGUCUAUCUAUCUAUCUAUCUCAGUCUUUCCAUUUCUGUCUGUCUGUCUGUCUAUCUAUCUAUCUAUCUAUCUCAGUCUUUCCAUUUCUGUCUGUCUGUCUGUCUGUCUAUCUAUCUAUCUAUCUAUCUCUGUCUCUUCACUUCUAUCUAUCUAUAUCAGUCUCUUCAUUUCUAUCUAUCUUAG